GCGCAGAGCAGCAGCGGAGCGGAGCAGCAGUAGUAGUACAGGCGGUGGUGGUGGUAGUGGUGGCGGCGGCGGUGGCAGCCCAGCCAGCCCAGCCCAGACCGGCACCCUCUACCCCGGCCCGUACCCGCACCGCAGCCCGGCGCCGCUAGACAGACAGACAAACAGCCAGAGAGAAUGGUGACCAAGGCGGAGAUCAGUCUGCCGUCGCUGCUGCCCGAGCCGCUCUAUCAGGCUCUGGACUCCUACCCGAAGCUGGAAGAUGUGAUGAUGACGGGCACAUUUGUCACCGCCUCCACCGACCAGCCGUUCUAUGGGGAACCCCUGGAGCAGUUCGAGCAUCUGCCGGCAGACACGUUCACCGACAUUUCGCCCAAUGGUGAUAAGUCCCUCAUUGAGUCGUACGGAGCCCAGAACUGCAGGCUUCCAUCCGUCACCUACACGGGCCGCUUCUCGCUGGAGCCCGCUUCCAGCAACAACAGCCUGUGGCCGGAGCCCCUCUUCAGCCUGGUCAGCGGCAUCGUCAGCAUGAGUGCUCCUUGUUCAAACGCAGCCUCGUCCAGCCAGCCCAUCAGUUGCUCGGUACAGCAAAGCCAGUCCAAUGCCAUCUACUCUGCUUCUUCAACCUUUACCAACACUAGUUCCGAUAUGUUCACGGAGGCGCAGUCUCAGGGCUUCCCCAGCCCGGCCAGCUCCGUUCACUACCCUCCCCCCAGCUUCUCCGACACUAAGAACUGUAGCAGCAACUUCCAGCUACCGAUGAUCCCAGACUAUAUGUUUUCCCAGCAAGAGGACAUGAGCGUGAGCAGCUCGGAGCAGAAACCUUUCCAAAACUUGGAGCCCAGAGCGCAGCCUUCUCUCAUCCCACUGUCCACUAUCAAAGCCAUCGCCAACCAGACCAGCUGCUCGGAGCUGAAAAAUAUCAACACUUACCACUCUCAACUGAUCAAACCGUCUCGAUUGAGGAAAUAUCCAAACCGACCCAGCAAGACCCCUCCCCACGAGCGGCCAUACGCCUGUCCGAUGGACACUUGCGAUCGUCGCUUCUCCCGGUCUGAUGAACUCACUCGCCACAUCCGCAUCCACACCGGUCAGAAACCCUUCCAGUGCCGCAUCUGCAUGAGGAACUUCAGCAGAAGCGACCACCUCACCACCCACAUCCGCACCCACACCGGCGAGAAGCCCUUCGCCUGCGAAAUCUGCGACAGGAAGUUUGCAAGGAGCGAUGAGAGGAAAAGACACACUAAAAUACACCUGCGGCAGAAGGAGAAGAAAGCUGAAAAGGCCAUGUGUAUCUCCAGCUCAAACGCCGCCAAUACCAUCUCCUACCAGUCCCCUGUCACCAACACCUACCCCGCCGCCAGCACCUCCUUUGAUGCUUCAGUCACCAGCGGAUAUCUCUCCUCAGUAGUGAGCACGUCCUUUGAUUCCCCAGUCACCAGCACGUAUCCCUCCGCAGUCGUGAGUACCUUUGACUCUCCAGUCGCUAGCACGUAUCCCUCCGCAGUCGUGAGCACGUCGUAUGACUCCCCGGUCCCAAGCACGUAUCCCUCCUCAGUAGUGAGCACUUCCUUCGACUCCCCAGUAACUAACACGUAUCCCUCCUCAGUAGUGAGCACUUCCUUCGACUCCCCAGUAACUAACACGUAUCCCUCCUCAAUAGUGAGCACUUCCUUCGACUCCCGAGUCACUAACACGUAUCCCUCCUCAGUAGUGAGCAGUUCCUUCAACUCCUCAGUCACUAACACGUAUCCCUCCUCAAUAGUGAGCACUUCCUUCGACUCCCCAGUAACUAACACGUAUCCCUCCUCAGUAGUGAGCAGUUCCUUUGACUCCCCAGUAACUAACACGUAUCCCUCCUCAAUAGUGAGCACUUCCUUCGACUCCCCAGUCACUAACACGUAUCCCUCCUCAGUAGUGAGCACUUUUGACGCCUCAGUCACUAACACGUAUCCCUCUGCAGUUGUGAGCACAUCCUUUGACUCUCCAGUCACUAACACGUAUCCGUGCGCAGUAGUGAGCGCAUCCUUCAACUCUCCAGUCACCAGCACCUUUCAUGCAGUGAGCCCAGCCACGUCGGAAAUGUCAUCGACACUCACACCAAGGACAAUUGCAAUCUGAAUUUACUCAGGUCUCUGGGAAUGGACAUGUUUUUAUAUAAAUAGACUUCUUCGUGCUCUUGUGUACAUGUGCCAAGCAGUGCCCCUCUCAGUGUUCUGCAGGUACGGUUGUCUAACAUGAGGGGGCUAUGCCUUUUCAUAUUCCAUCCUGUAUUGUCUGGAAUGGAACAGGGUUAAUGUUUCUAUCGUGCAAUGCUGUCUCCGAUCCCUUCAACACAAUGAAAUGCAGUUGGAAUGCCGUGUACCAGCAUGUACCGGAGAUGUCUUUAUGCCGGGGAAGCUGCCCCCGCGGUUGCCAAGUGGCUGAACCUUGCUUUGUUCUUUGGUAAAGUUCUGAUAAGUCUGUGUGCCUUUUAUGUGCAGCUUGCUGACAUGUAUUUCUGUUAGUGGAUGUGACGCGUCAAAGCCUUAAAGGUGAAAAGGAGACUUGGUCACUAAAGGCACUUUGCUGUUAGAGGGGAGGGAAGAAAUGCCAACGCAUUUCCCUCGAAAGUAUGCAAAAAAUAUCUAAAGUAUAUUUUUGUAAUCUGAGUGUAAAUAGAUUCAGAGCCGGGAUGUUUCUGUUACCUACCGAGUAGGCGUGUAUUUUUUUGUAUGUUCCCAAUUUGCGUUUAACUGGUGGAUACAUUUCAAUGUAGUGUUUGUAAACGGAGCACCUGCCUGUUCACGCUUCUUACACAAUGGAAUGCGCUUUACUGCCGAGCGGAUAUUUGGUGUACAAUAUACCCUGACGAAAAAUAAAUCUUUAAAAGAUUUUUCUUAA